ACAGGUUUUGUGAGUGAAAGUUUAAACAACUUCCCUUUCCUCCUUUGUAAGAAAAACUAACCUGAUUGAUUCCAAGCAAACAGGUUUUCUGAUUGACACUAAAUUGUGUGUAAUGUUGCUCAGCGUGAAGAUGAAGUCCAGCCUCAUGAGCUCUGUAUAUAAACAGCUGUCAGCUUCAACACAAACCACCAGAUGAGCAGCACACUACAGUCUUUCAUAUUAAAUACCUUAGAAAAUGGCAACAACUUUGCACCUAAUCGGUGGCAAUGAAGGUCAGGAGUUUUCCUUCACUGGUGAGAACAAUGGUUCCAGUUUACAGAGGAUGUGGGUUUGGGUGGGAGGAUCAGAGGUGAAGGCGGUCCGGGCCUGGCUUACAGACGGAAGAGAAGAAACUUUUGGAAAACCUGAAGGAUCAUAUCAAGAGUUUGUGUUUCAGCCCGGCGAGCUCAUCACCUCGAUGUCACUGUGGGGAAACGGAUAUGGGACGCGUUUCGGAGCCAUCAAAUUCAACACCAACCAUUCCAGAAGUUUCUUUGUGAAAAUGACGAGGUGGCGUUUGCAAACAGAAUGGACCAUCGACGUCGGCUCUGGAUUGUGUCUGGGCAUCGUGGGAAGAUGCGGCGAAGACAUCGACUGCAUGGGAUUUUUAUUUCUCAAUAAAGUUGAGUCAGUAAUUCUCACUAAUCUCAGCUAUCCAACUCUUGACCUGGUCAAACCAAACGUCGCACUAGAAGUGAUCCAAUCGAGCACUUACAAGAACGAAACCUCCGUCAGUCAAGAGCAAACCAUUGAAAGCUCAAAAAAAAUAACCCAAUCCUCCUCAUGGUCUACAAAAGAAAGCAUCACAAGCACAUUCUCCAUGGAGGUGAAGGCUGGGAUUCCAGAUAUCGUAGACGUUUCCACAGGAUUCAGUCUUGAGAUUGGGACAGAAAACACUUACAGUAAAGAAUACACGGAUGAAAGAACGGAAACACAAACGUUUAAGAUCGAUGUUCCAGCGAGGAAGAAGGUGGAUGUUCAC